AUGUCCGAACGCUUCGCUCCCAAGGUCCCCGUGCAGCUGGACCCGCCAAAGGACGAUCCUAUUCCUACAGAGGAAUUGGCCAAGUGUGAUGGCUCUGAUCCCAACCGUCCAACUCUCGUCGCGAUCAAGGGUACCGUGUUCGACGUCUCUCGCAAUCAGGCUUACAGCGCCACGGGUCAAUAUCGAGUGUUUGCGGGCAAAGAUGCGUCAAGAGCGCUGGCUCGCUCGUCGUUGAAGCCGGAGGAAUGCGUGCCCGAGUGGCAUGAUUUGGAUGAGAAGGAGAAAAAGACGCUGGAUGAGUGGUAUACGUUCUUUAGCAAGCGGUAUAAUAUUGUUGGGAAGGUGGAGGGUGCGAAGAAUACUUGA